AUGUCCUCUUCCUCCCCCACCGGGCAGAUUGCAAGUGCGGCGGACAUCAAGCAGGAGAAUGGGAUGGAAAGCGCCUCCGAAGGGCAGGAGGCGCACCAAGAAGUGGCGGGGGGCGCGGCGGCGGGGCUGAGCCCCCCGGCUCCAGCCCCUUUUCCCCUGGAGCCGGGGGACGCCGCGGCCGCCGCUAGGGUGAGCGGAGAGGAAGGGGCAGUGGCGGCGGAAGGGGCAGUGGCGGCGGCGGAUCAGGUACAACUCCACUCGGAACUUCUGGGCAGGCACCACCACGCCGCCGCCGCCGCUGCCGCCACCGCGCAGACCCCGCUGGCCUUCUCGCCCGACCAUGUCGCCUGCGUGUGCGAGGCGCUGCAGCAGGGGGGCAACCUGGACCGCCUGGCCCGGUUCCUGUGGUCCUUGCCCCAGAGCGACCUGCUACGUGGCAACGAGAGCCUGCUGAAGGCUCGGGCGCUCGUGGCCUUCCACCAGGGCAUCUACCCCGAGCUCUACAGCAUCCUCGAGAGCCACAGCUUCGAGUCGGCCAACCACCCGCUGCUGCAGCAGCUCUGGUACAAGGCGCGCUACACCGAGGCCGAGCGAGCCCGCGGCCGGCCGCUGGGAGCCGUGGACAAGUACCGGCUGCGCAGGAAAUUCCCCCUGCCUCGCACCAUCUGGGACGGAGAGGAGACGGUGUAUUGUUUCAAGGAGAAGUCGCGCAACGCGCUCAAGGAGCUCUACAAGCAGAAUCGCUACCCUUCGCCCGCCGAGAAGCGGCACCUGGCCAAGAUCACCGGCCUGUCCCUCACCCAGGUCAGCAACUGGUUCAAGAACCGCCGGCAGCGCGACCGGAACCCCUCGGAGAACCAGUCCAAAAGUGAAUCAGAUGGCAAUCCCAGCACUGAAGAUGAAUCCAGCAAGGGACAUGAGGAUUUGUCUCCUCACCCACUCUCAGGUUCAUCAGAUGUUGUCACCAACCUCAGCCUUUCCAGUCACAUGGAGCCAGUAUAUAUGCAACAAAUUGGAAAUGCUAAAAUAUCAUUAAGCUCAUCUGGAGUUUUGUUGAAUGGAAGCUUGGUACCUGCAAGUACUUCACCUGUCUUCCUUAAUGGUAAUUCUUUUAUUCAGGGACCCAAUGGAGUUAUCCUUAAUGGAUUAAAUGUGGGAAAUACACAGACAGUGUCAUUGAGCCCACCAAAAAUGUCAUCAAACAUUGUGAGCAAUGGUAUAUCCAUGACUGACAUACUGGGAUCUACCUCCCAGGAUGUGAAGGAAUUCAAAGUCCUCCAGAGUUCUGCAGCUAACUCAGCAGCCACCACCUCCUAUAGCCCCAGUGUCUCUGUGUCAUUCCCAGGACUGAUACCCAGCACUGAGGUGAAAAGAGAAGGCAUUCAAACAGUGGCUUCCCAGGAUGGAGGCUCUGUAGUGACUUUUACUACACCAGUGCAAAUUAACCAGUAUGGCAUUGUCCAGAUCCCCAAUUCCGGAGGAAACGGCCAGUUCCUUAAUGGGAGCAUUGGAUUCUCUUCACUUCAGCUGCCUCCUGUUUCGGUGGCAGCUUCGCAAGGUAAUAUUUCAGUAAAUUCAAGCACUUCAGAUGGGAGCACAUUUACAAGUGAGUCCACUACAGUCCAUCAAGGAAAGGUUUUCUUGAGCUCUCUUACUCCUAGUGCAGUGGUAUACACUGUUCCUAAUUCAGGCCAGACUAUAGGAUCUGUGAAACAGGAAGGCUUGGAGAGGAGCCUGGUAUUUUCUCAGUUGAUGCCUGUCAAUCAGAAUGCACAAGUAAAUGCAAACCUGUCUUCUGAAAAUAUCACAGGGAGUGGCCUCCAUCCACUGGCCUCCUCGUUAGUUAAUGUAUCCCCAACUCACAAUUUUUCCCUCACUCCUCCUACAUUACUAAAUGCCAGUGAGCUAAACCCUGACAUUGCUGAUAGCCAGCCAAUGUCUACACGUGUGGCAAGCAAAUCUACUGUGACAUCUGUCAGCAACACUAACUAUGCAACUCUUCAGAAUUGUUCUCUUAUUACUGGUCAAGACCUAUUGUCAGUCCCUAUGACUCAGGCUGCCCUUGGGGAAAUAGUUUCUACAGCUGAAGACCAGGUGGGUCACCCCUCCCCAACAAUACACCAGGAUUUUGUUAGAGAACAUCGUUUGGUUCUGCAAUCAGUAGCUAACAUAAAAGAGAAUUUCUUACCAAAUUCUGAGAACAAAGCAACAAGCAGCUUAAUGAUGCUAGAUUCCAAAUCCAAAUAUGUCCUAGAUGGCAUGGUUGAGACUGUCUGUGAAGAUCUGGAAACAGACAAAAAAGAGCUCGCCAAGCUCCAAACUGUCCAGUUGGAUGAAGAUAUGCAAGACUUAUAA